UCCGUAAAUUGAGCACUCUCUCCUCGGGCGCACGGAGCAAGAAAGGCUCGUCGUUUCUUUCGAGGCAAAAGCAUAGAAAGAGAGGGGGCCACUGAGAUUUGAUUGGCUGAGGAAGGCAGAGCCAAAAACACUGUGGCCAGGAAACGGCUCGAAUUUCGGGGGACGUAAGGAGGAGAAAAAAUCUAGUAAACCUGACAAAGCGUCUGAGAACAGUACUAGGAUUGUCUGGGAAGAAGACGCUCUGCCGCGAGGGAUCAUAUAUUGAUGGAUUCUAUGUUUUUGGAGAGUUUAUGUUCUUUUUUUACCCAUUAGUUCAUCAUAAAGUGCAAACCUUUCGUUUGGAUGAAAAGUGCGCUCGCUCUGGAACACUGACAUUUGAGUUGACUAGCAACUUGGUGAAGAAGUUUCAGGGACGUAGCUAUGUUUUUCUAGUUAUUUUUCAAGGAUAUGGAUUUAAAUUCGGAUUUUUUUAAGUGCAAUGGAACAACAAUGACAUCGUGAUUUAAUAAUACAUUUUCAGUGAUUUUAUUUGUUGCUCGUCCAAUUUGGGGAAAGUAAAAAAAUCGCUGCUUGGCAUUUUUGGUGCAGUGGGGUGAAUUUGCUCCAUCGGGACUAGGCUACACAUUCCUCUCGAUUCGGCCCAUACACUCGCCUCCUGCCAUGUCCAUGCAUGCGAAUCGGAGUUCUUCCAGACUUUAGGUAGUUAUUCGUUCCUUUCCUCAGCCCAGGUGAUUGGGGGAAUUCACAGUGAGUGACAGGCCGGGCAGCCUGCAGUUGAUGGUUGGGUGGAGCCCCUCAGAUGGGAUCAGUGUCCAGGGGGAGGCAGAGCCUGAGGAGGGGGGGAUGGGGGACGGACUCACCCUCCACUAACGGGAUGGCCUCGUGGGCCUGGCUGCUCGCCACCAUCCUGCUGUCCCUAGCAACGGCUACUUUGGCAAGGCCGCCGUACACUGCUGCCGAGGAAGAGGAGGCUACGCUAGAACCUGAAGAGCCUCCGACCAAAUACCAAAUCUCUAAGCCCACCGUGUGCUCGGUGCACCCGGGGGAACUGCUGAAGCUCAGCUGCCUUCUGGCCGGGGAGCCCGGAGCCAUCACCUGGACUAAGGAUGGUUCCACUCUGGGGGCCAACAACCGCACCCUGAUAGAACAGGAGGUUCUGCAGAUCCGCGACGCCACGCCCAAGGACUCUGGGCUGUACGCGUGCAGCACUGUGGGCCCGCAGGGCAGCGACACGCUCUGCUUCAUAGUGAACGUCACAGAUGCCAUCUCGUCUGGUGACGAUGAGGACGACACAGAGCGAUCAGAGGACGUGGGGGCGGACGGAGAGCAGAUAAGGGCGCCCUAUUGGACGAUGUUGGAGAAGAUGGAGAAGAGGCUGCACGCGGUGCCUGCUGCCAACACAGUCAAGUUCCGCUGUGCUGCCGGGGGCAACCCACGUCCUAAGAUGCGCUGGCUGAAGAAUAACCGACCAUUCCGACAAGAGGACCGCAUGGGCGGGUAUAAGGUGCGUCACCAGCACUGGACCCUGAUUAUGGAGAGUGUGGUGCCGUCAGACAAGGGCAACUACACUUGCCUGGUGGAGAACGCAUACGGUGCCAUCAAUCACACCUACACCCUGGAUGUAGUGGAACGGUCCCCCCAUCGGCCCAUUCUCCAAGCAGGGCUGCCAGCCAACACCAGUGUGCAAGUGGGGGAAGACGCACGCUUCGUGUGUAAGGUGUACAGCGACGCUCAGCCCCACAUCCAGUGGCUGCAGCACAUCCAGAAGAAUGGUAGUCGCACUGGCCCAGACGGACACUCCUACGUCCGCGUCUUAAAGACCGCAGGUGUUAACACCACGGACAAGGAGAUUGAAGUCCUCUACCUCCCCAAUGUCACUUACGAGGAUGCUGGGGAGUAUACGUGCUUGGCGGGCAAUUCUAUUGGGAUCUCCUAUCACACUGCUUGGUUGACGGUGCUUCCAGCCAGUAACGAAGAUACGGUGACGGGUCUGAUGUCACCUGACUACGUGGAGAUAGCCAUCUACUGCAUCGGGGUGUUCUUGAUCGCCUGUAUGGUGGUCAUCGUGGUGGUGUGCCGGAUGAGGAAUACGGCUAAGAAGCCUGACUUUGGCAAUCAGCCAGCAGUCCACAAACUCAGCAAGCAGAUACCUCUGCGCCGCCAGGUAACAGUGUCAAAUGACUCCAGCUCCUCGAUGAACUCCAGCACUCCAUUGGUCCGCAUCACCACGCGACGCAGCUCGGCUGGCCACGACGACCCCAUCCCAGAGUAUGACCUCCCCGAGGACCCACGCUGGGAGUUCUCCAGAGACAGGUUGACUCUGGGCAAGCCGCUGGGCGAGGGCUGCUUUGGCCAGGUGGUGAUGGCUGAAGCGUUAGGCAUCGAUAAGGACAAGCCGAAGGAGGCAAUCACAGUGGCCGUGAAGAUGCUGAAAGACGAUGCUACAGAGAAAGACCUGUCUGACCUUGUGUCAGAGAUGGAGAUGAUGAAGAUGAUUGGGAAACACAAGAACAUCAUCAACCUACUAGGGGCCUGUACACAAGACGGCCCUCUGUAUGUGAUAGUGGAGUAUGCCUCGAAAGGGAACCUGAGGGAGAACCUACGUGCCCGCAGGCCCCCUGGCAUGGAGUACUCCUACGAUAUUAACCGCUGCUCAGAUGAACAGCUCGCCUUCAAGGACCUGGUCUCCUGUACCUACCAGGUGGCACGGGGCAUGGAAUAUCUGGCCUCGCAGAAGUGUAUACAUAGAGAUCUAGCAGCAAGGAACGUCCUGGUCACAGAGAGCAACUUUAUGAAGAUUGCAGACUUUGGCCUGGCCAGGGAUGUCCACAACAUUGAUUACUAUAAAAAGACAACUAACGGUCGUCUCCCGGUGAAGUGGAUGGCUCCUGAGGCGCUCUUCGACCGUGUGUACACUCACCAGAGCGAUGUCUGGUCAUUUGGGGUGCUAAUGUGGGAGAUCUUCACCCUGGGGGGUUCUCCGUACCCCGGCAUCCCCGUAGAAGAGCUCUUCAAGCUGCUGAAAGAGGGCCAUCGCAUGGACAAGCCUGGCAACUGCACCAACGAGCUGUACAUGAUGAUGAAAGACUGUUGGCAUGCCAUUUCCUCCCAUCGGCCCACCUUCAAGCAGUUGGUGGAGGAUCUAGACCGUAUCCUGACCCUGGUCACCAAUGAGGAGUAUCUGGACCUGUGUGCCCCAGCGGAGCAGUAUUCUCCCAGCUUCCAGGACACACGCAGUUCCUGUUCCUCCGGUGAUGACUCUGUGUUCUCCCAUGACCCCUUACCAGAGGAGCCCUGCCUCCCAAAGUACCAGCACAUCAGUGGGGGUGUCAAAACAUGAGGCCUCCCCUCCUCAAUCCCUCCAUCGAGCCUGACCUGCCCCUCACCCUUACAACCCCCCCCCCAAAGAGACACUUCCAUAGAGAGAAACUGAGAUAUACCCCCACUACUAACCCCCCCCCAAGCCACAAACCCCCAACCCCCCAACCCCCCUCUGGCUCCCAAUGGACUUUAUUUUAAUUUUUUUUAUUUCACCUUUAUUCAACCAGGUAGGCCAGUUGAGAACAAGUUCUCAUUUGCAACUGCGACCUGGCCAAGAUAAAGCAAAGCAGUGCGACAAAAACAAACAACACAGAGUUACACAUAAACAAACGUACAGUCAAUAACACAAUAGAAAAAAAUCUAUGUACAGUGUGUGCAAAGACAGAGUGUGCAAAGGACUAACGGACUGGAUGAGACUGGGCUGGUGGCAGCGCUGCUGUUAGAACUGAACACAUUCACCCACGUUCAUACCCAUGUUCAAGGUCUUAAGGAGAGGACAGGGACCCCCUUUCUUGACGUUUUGUUUCUUGUUCGGUUGUUUUCCACAAGAGUUUGGAAUUUACAAUUUGUGCGUUCCAUGAUUCCAUUCCGUUGACUGCCAUUCUAAGACUUUAGUUUGUGCCCAGAGGGAAAAUAUGGACCAUAAUGAACUGAAAAAAAACAAGGGACUCAAAAAGAGGACAGCAAAAUAGGAAGGAGACUGAAAGAAGCAUCAACUAACAAAAACAGUUAAAUAGGAGAAAGAGAGCAUACAGACACGGCCUCUUGUUUAUAUUUUGUAAUAUUGUCUUGUUUCUUUUUACCUUCUCUUAAUAAUCCCACACACAUAUUAUUAUGGUGAAAAAAUAAUGCAUAAAUAUAGUGCUGAGUAAAAUUGUAAAUAUAUUCAAAUAUGUAUAAAUAUAUAAAUAGUAUAUAUUUACAGUUAAUUAUUUUUUGUAUGGACUCCAGAAUAAUUCCCCCCUCUCCCGUCCUCCCUCUUUGGGUUUGAGACAGGUGUGUCAUCACCCAGGUUACGUUUCUGUUCUCUUGUGUUCUUUUAAAGACACAAACACAAGCAUGCACACGUACACACACACACACACACACACCUGUCUCGCUCUCACUCAAGGACACAGUGGAGUAUUGGCUUUCAGGGAAAGAGAUAGCAUGUUAAUUUAUUUACUUUUUUUAUGAAAUCAAAAAAGUUGAAAAAAGAACAAAAAUAGUAAGGAAGAAUUAAUGCUAUUAAUGAUGCUGAUAACAAAGAAUAAAUAAUUCAUUAUUUUUAUUAUGGUCAUUUAAAAUUAUCUUUCAGAGGUAACAGAAACAAAGCUAUUUUUGGUAGUGGGUGUUAAAAAGAUUCCUGGUUUCGUACAUUUUAUAUAUAAAUGUGAAUAUUAAGUUACAAUUUAAAUACUGUACAUUUUAUAGUCUGCUAAUUCCUUUCUUAUGUAGAUGAUGCAGUUUCUAUCCAGUCAUUUUACUCUUUCUUAGGUUUGCAAAUGGAAUGAGAUUUCUGGAUAUUUACAGUACAUUCGGAAAGUAUUCAGACCCCUUCACUUUUUUCACAUUUUGUUACGUUACAGCCUUAUUCUAAAAUUGAUUAAAUAAAACAUUAUCCUC